AUGGUGGAUUUGCAAUACUUCUUUGUAACAAUCCUUCUAUGCCUUGGGAUUACAGUCUUGAUCCAAGCCAUUACAAACAGAUUACGCAACAAACUACCACUCCCACCAAGCCCAACAGCUUUACCAAUCAUCGGUCACAUUCACCUUCUUGGUCCCAUAGCUCACCAAGCACUCCACAAGCUCUCAAACAGCUAUGGACCCUUGAUGUAUCUCUUCAUUGGCUCCAUCCCUAAUCUUAUUAUCUCAUCGGCCGAGAUGGCAAAUGAGAUUCUCAAAUCCAAUGAGCUCAACUUCCUCAACCGUCCCACAAUGCAAAACGUUGACUACCUUACUUACGGCUCAGCGGAUUUCUUCUCAGCCCCUUAUGGGCUUCACUGGAAGUUCAUGAAGAGAAUCUGUAUGAUGGAGCUCUUCAGCAGCAGAGCAUUAGAUAGCUUUGUUUCUGUGAGAAGCGAGGAGUUAAGGAAGCUUCUGAAUCGAAUUCUCAAGAAAGCAGAAGCAGAAGAGAGUGUUAAUCUCGGUGAACAGCUUAAGGAAUUGACAAGCAACAUCAUAACGAGAAUGAUGUUCAGAGAAAUGCAACCGGAUAGUGAUGCCGGAGGCAAAACAGAGGAAGUUAUCAAAAUGUUGGUGGAGUUGAAUGAGCUAGCCGGGUUUUUCAACGUUUCUGAAACGUUUUGGUUCUUGAAAAGGCUUGACUUGCAAGGACUCAAGAGGAGGCUCAAGAAUGCUCGAGACAAAUAUGAUUUAAUCAUAGAAAGAAUAAUGAAAGAGCAUGAGUAUGUGAAGAAGAAGGAUGCAGGAGCAAGGAAGAUGCUAGACAUUUUGCUCGACAUAUAUGAAGACAAAAACGCAGAGAUUAAGCUUACAAGAGAAAACAUCAAGGCCUUCAUCAUGAAUAUUUAUGGGGGAGGAACAGAUACAUCUGCAAUAACAGUAGAAUGGGCUCUAGCAGAGCUAAUAAACCAUCCUGAGAUCAUGAAGAAGGCGCAACAAGAGAUAGAGCAAGUGGUGGGAAACAAGCGAGUGGUUGAAGAAUCAGAUCUGUGUAAUCUCAGUUACAUCCAAGCAGUGGUGAAGGAGACGAUGAGGUUACACCCUGGAGGACCAGUAUUCGUAAGGGAAUCUGAUGAAGAAUGUGGGGUGGCUGGAUUCAGAAUCCCCGCGAAAACAAGAGUGAUAGUUAACGUUUGGGCUAUUGGAAGAGAUCCAAAUCAAUGGGAAAAUCCAUUAGAGUUUAGGCCUGAGAGAUUUGAAGGGAUUGAAUGGAAGGUUAUGAGUGAGAAGAUGAUGUCUUUUGGUGCUGGGAGAAGAAGCUGUCCAGGAGAAAAAAUGGUGUUUAGAUUCGUCCCAGUCAUUGUAGCUGCAAUAAUACAGUGUUUUGAGCUGAGAGUGAAGGGACGUGUAGAGAUGAAUGAAGGGACUGGAUCAUCUCUGCCUAGAGCCACACCUUUGGUGUGUGUUCCUGUUGCUAAAGAAGCUAUACAAUCAUAUCUCCACUUUAACUGAAAAAGCUUAAUGGUUUUAGAAGAAGAAAAUGAAUAAAAGCAAGAAAACUACCACUUGUGUAAAGAAAAAG